AUGCAACAACACGGCUGCUCUGCCAAAACCAACACGUCUGCAACAACACGUCUGCCUGCAACACACACGGUCUGCAACAACACGUUUGCUGCGACAAUACGUCUGCUCGCUGUACAACCACGUCUGCUGCAACAACACGUCUGCAACCACAGUCUGCUGCAACAAACACCAACAACACCCUGCUUGCAACAACACGCCUGCUCCAACAACCACGCUAGCUGCAAAACACGGUCUGCAGGCCACAGCACCGUCUGCUUGCAACAAAACCACGUUUGCAACGCUAACUACGCCUGCCUCCUAGCAACAACCACGCCUCGCUCCAACAACACGCCUGCUGCAACAACACGUCUGCUGCAAACAACAGUCUGCAGCAACAACACGACCUGCAGCAACAGCACGCCUGCAGCAACCACCACGUCUGCUUCGACAACACGUCUGCUGAACCUACACGUCUGUUGCGACAACACACUGCUCGCGGACAACCACGCCUUGCUGCAACACGCCUGCUCAACAACACGCCUGCUGCCACCAAACGUCUGCAUCAACAACACGCCUCUUUGCGACAACACGGCUGCAGCAACAACACGUCUGCUUCGACAACACGUCUGCCAUCAACAACAUGUCUGCUGCGACAACAACGGGGACUGCUGCGGGGACACACCGUUGCUGAAAACAGGUCUGCAACAACAAAGACUGCUGCGACAACACAGUUCUGCGUGCAACAACAACGUCUGCUCUGCAAAAAACACGUCUGCUGCAAACAACACGUCUGCUGCACAAAACGUCUGCUGCAACAACACGUCUGCUGCAACAACACGUCUGCUGCCACAAACACGUCUGCAAAAAAAACCCAAUCUGACUGCAACACCACAGUCUGCAACAACACCAAUCUGCUGCAACAAGCACGUCUGA